AUGAAUGCUACAGAUGAUUUUGCAAAAAGUCUCAAAUGUACCUACAAAGAGUUCCCUGAGCAUUUUGUGUGGUAUCCAAGUUCCAAAUCUUGGCAACCUAGAAAACAAAAAGAUUCUAUAGGCAGAAUUGUUGCAGCAAAUCCCCUUGAAGGUGAACGGUACUUCCUAAGACUCCUUUUACUGCAAGUUAGAGCUCCAACUUCUUAUGAUGAUUUAAAAACUGUAAACGGAGUACAUGUUACUACAUUUCGCGAAGCAGCUGUGCUUAGAGGAUAUUUAGAAUCAAAUAACUCACAAGAUGAAUGUCUAGAAGAAGCUGCCGUUUAUCAUAUGCCAUAUAGCCUAAGAAGGUUGUUUGCAACAUUGUUGGUAUAUUUUACCCCCUCAAACCCAAGAUCCCUAUGGCUGAAAUUUGAAGAAUCAUUGUCUAAAGAUUACAAUAGACUCCCAAACAUAACCAAAAGUGAUAUUCAAUUUAAAGAUCUGCAUCAAAUAAGCAAUUUUUUAGAGUCUAUGGGUCGUAAUAUAAACAACUAUGGACUGGUGCCAAGAGUACUCAAAUUUCAUGACUCAAACACAGAUGCAAGAGAUACAAUUAGUGAAACAGAGAUUAAAGUUUCAGAGGAUGACUUGGUAUCAAUUACUAAACUUAAUCUUGGUCAAAAAGCAGCCUUUGAUACCAUAAUGCAGGCAUUAUACAUUAAAGGAAAAGGAUGUUUCUUUAUAGAUGGACCAGGUGGCACUGGAAAAACAUUUCUUUAUCGAGCAUUAUUAGCUGAAGUACGGUCAAAAGGCUUUAUAGCAUUAGCUACUGCUUCUUGUGGAGUUGCAGCAUCAAUAUUACCAGGAGGUAGAACAACACACUCUCGAUUCAAGAUUCCAAUUGAUAUGAAUUCAGCUAACAUGUGUAAAAUUAGUAAACAAAGUGCGCUUGCUAAACUAAUUCAAGCAGCUAAACUUAUCAUUUGGGAUGAAGCUCCAAUGGCACACAAAACUGGUAUAGAAGGUGUGGAUACGCUACUAAAAGAUUUAAUGGGUUCUUCUGAAUUAUUUGGCUCAAAAAUUAUGGUUUUUGGCGGUGACUUUAGACAAGUUCUCCCUAUUGUCAGUAAAGGUUCAAAGGAAGAUUUUGUACAAGCUAGCUUAGUAACUUCAUACAUUUGGCCACAGCUUCAUAAACUAUACCUCACAGACAACAUGAGAGCAAUAUCAGAUCCAGAAUUCACAGAUUACCUUCUCCGAAUAGGAAAUGGACUAGAACCAGUAAUACAAGGGUUAAAAGUAAAGAUCCCUCUCCCACUAUUGAUACCAUACAAAAAUGAAACAGAAUCAAUAUUUGAACUUAUCAAAACAGUUUACCCAGAUUUAACUGCUUUUUCCAAGAACGAUUUUUCAUUGGUAAAUCGAGCAAUCCUUACUACAAAAAAUGAAUUUGUUGAUAUGUUAAACAACUUGUUAAUUAACAUUUUUCCAGUUAUAAGUGCUGGAGAAUUCAAAGGCAAACAAGUCUUUUUACAUAGAAUAUCUUUUCGAAUAGAAAAUAAUCCUGAUUGUCCAAUGUCAUUUGAAAGAGUUCAAUUUCCAGUGCGCCUAUGCUUUGCAAUGACAAUUAAUAAGGCUCAAGGUCAAACCUUAGAUUUUGUCGGUAUAUACUUACGUGAACCAGCUUUUUCACAUGGCCAACUAUAUGUUGCUUUAUCAAGAGCAAAAAGCAGCAAUUGUGUAAAGAUUCUUAUACAGCCUUCUCCCUUUGAUCCAACAGUUGACUAUGCUACCAAUAACAUAGUAUACAAACAUAUUUUACAGCUUGCAAAUCAUGAUCCUUCAUAA